CCUCCCCCAAUCAUUGUGGAACCGUAAUCACCCAAUGCCACCACCUCGUCGCCCCAAACCCAAGAUUUCGCUGUGGAGGCGCUUUCGGAUAUGGCUCCGUUAUGCGAGGUCCCCGCUUGAAUUACGCGCUAGUUUGCAGCGGCUGAGGCAGAACCACAAACAUCCCUUGAUAACACUCCUACGCAUGUUCAUUCCGUUUCCAUCAUGGUACUUCAAGAUUCCAGAGCAAUCCCCAUCUGGCGCGUGCGCGACACCCCGCUACGGUCCAUCUACCGCCUCUACGCCCUCUUCCUGGCCGGUCAAUACGAUUUGAUGGGAUAUGAGACGGAGUACUUCUUCAAGCGCCCCGACUGGAAGCUACGCAACAUCCCAGAUCCCCAAGAUCCCGACCCGCUUCGUUAUGCCGUGGUCGCUUGCAUUGUCGAAGAGUUACACCGGGCAGUGAAUUGGCGGCUUAGUCUGGGCCUGCGAAGGAAUGGUGAAGGCAUCUACCGCGACCGGGAGGACGACAUAUGA